UUGUCUACACGAAACCUAGCCGCUUUCUAGUUCCUACUUACGGUCGUACAGUACCUUCGUAAGCAUUUUCUCAAACAGUCCACGCGCGCCGCCACCAUCGCCCUCCGCCGUCUCCUGGACGGACCGGACUCCCCAACUCCACCAGCAACCUCCGCCCGCCGCCGCCGGCAUGCAGAAGGUGCGGCUCAAAUGGGUGAAGAACCGCGGCCUGGACCACCUCAUCGCCCGCACCACCUCCAUCCGCUCGUCCUGCCUCCUGCUGGACUACAUCGCCCGCCUCCCGUCGUCCCCCGUGCCGGCCCACGCCCUCGCGCGCUUCCAGAAGCCGCUUGGCCUCACGUUCCCCGUGCUCCGCUUCCUCCGCCGCCACCCGACCCUCUUCGCCGAGCAACCGCACCCGCGCUUCCCCUCCCUCCCUUCCUUCUCCCUCACGCCCGCCUCCGAUAUCCUCCUCGCUCGCCUGGCCCGCGCCUCCGCCGUCGACUCCCACCUCCGCCUAGCGCGCCUCCUCCUCCUCACCCGCUCCAGGUCGCUCCCUCUGGCUUCCAUCCUGCCGCUCCGCUUCGACCUCGGCCUGCCCUACGACUUCGCCUCAGCCUUCCCCUCCUCCCACCCGGACCUCUUCACAGUCUCCAAAAACCACAUCUCGCUGUCCACCUCCCGCCUCCCCGAGGACAUCGCCAUAUCCUCCCUCCAGCGCCGCCACGCCGAGUCCAUUACCGGGGCUACGUACCGCGCCCUGUCCCGGCCGCCGUCCUCGACAAAUGCCCCCCUCGCGUUCCCGAUGCGGUUCCCGAGGGGGUACGGCGGGAUGAAGAAGGUCAAGGCCUGGAUGGAGGAUUUCCACCGGCUGCCUUACAUCUCGCCGUACGAUGAUGCAUCAGGCAUCGACCCUGACAGUGACAUCUACGAGAAGAGGAACAUUGGUUUGCUCCAUGAGUUGCUCGGGCUGAUGGUGCACAAGAUGGUGCGGAGGAACGCUAUCCGGUUACUACGGGAGGAGCUUGGUCUGCCUCACAAGUUUACGAGGCUGUUUACACGGUACCCUGGGGUGUUUUACUUGUCGUUGAAGUGCAAAACGACGACACUGGUGCUUCGGGAGGGGUACGAGAGGGGGAAGCUCGUGGAGAACCAUCCUCUUGCGGCGGUGAGGGACAAGGUGCAUUACGUGAUGCGCACUGGUGUGUUGUACCGUGGGAAGGGUUUGUCCAAGCUGGUUUUCGACGAGGAUGGCGACGAGGAGGGUACGUUGGAUGGUGAUGAGGAGUUUCAAGGGGAGGGGAUGGAUGCUGAUGCUGAUGUUGAGUGCUUUGGAAUGGAGAUUGUGGAUGAUGAUGGGCCUGAUAAUGAUGAGGAGUAUGAACGUGAUGGAUAUGAUUGACAUGGAAUGGUGAGUUGCACUUGCUGAAGUUUGCUGUUUUGAGAUGAUGGGUGGUCGAUUCUGUCAGGAUUUCAGCAACAGGGUUUAACUUAACACCCUGUCGUCCCCAAAGUAGUGCAGCUUGGUUCAACUAAGUGCCCCCAAUUGAACGAUUUCAGAAGGCAAUUACACCACUUAUCGCUGACUCUUGCUGCUUACUAUCUUUCCAGCUAAAGUGAUGCUGACCGAGGAGCCUUUGAAGUCUUGGCAACUUUUGUAAGACAAAUGAAAUUGAGCUUGCCACGAUUAUUAUGAAUUCAUGUUCUUUCUUGUUUUGUGUAAAAUUGGUGCAGUUUUGAUUAUUUCUGCCCCCACCAUGACAUUUCUGUAGCAAGCCUAUGUGACAUUCAACUAUGAUGUUUUAGGUUCUAAGUCAUUUCAUUGGCUUAAUAAAACCUGAAUGCUCAUAUACUGUUCUUAGUCCCUA